AUGAAGCUGUUGUGCUGCUUAUUCAUCAUGUUGUUAUCAUUAUUAUCAUUCGAGUCGAAAGCAACUGAAACAGGGAAAGCAUGGCCAAAAUGCGACGAACCGGUAACUUUACGCAUUGGAGUAGUUGUCGAUAACAAUUCAAGGGUCGGGAAAGAGCAGAAGAUCGGCAUAGACAUGGCUGCGCAUGACUUUCGACAACAUUGUACAAACCUAACUUUGGACAUAAAAGAGUCGCAUUGGAAUUCAGACGGUGGUGCAGCUUUUGCUGCAAUUGAUCUUGUCACCCACAACAAAGUCGACGCCAUUGUUGGGACAGUAACAAUGCAAGAAGCCACUCUAUUUUCAGAAAUCAAGGCACUAACCCUGAGCACUAUGCAGCCCAUUGUUUCCCUCUAUCCAUCAGCCGUAGCCACGCCACAAAAAAUAGCCUCUAGAUUUGCGUCUAAUUUCAUCCAGAUGAGCAGCCUAAUCACGUACCAAAUACAAGGUAUAUUGGCGGUCAUCAGCCGUUACAAGUGGCGAAAGGUGAUAUUGUUAAGUGAGCAAGGCAACCAUUUUUCAAGUGAUCCCAGCUUUCUCACUCAUUUUUUAGACUCUGUACGGACCAUCGUCGAGGACCAUGUGGCUUUCCCUCAAGUUUCUUCUUUGUUAGAUCCCAAAGCCUUCAUUAGGGAGGCGCUGAAUCAACUUAAAAGCAAGAAUGUGAAGGUUUUUGUGGUCUUGGAGUCUUCUUUUGAUUUCGCCACCAUUUUAUUUGAUAGCGCAAAGGGUUUAGGGAUGAUGGGAAGAGGUUAUGUAUGGAUCGUAUCAGACGAAAUUGCAAAUCUUCUCGACUCUUUUGAUUCUUCGGCUAUACGCAACAUGCAGGGCGUCAUCGGGUUAAAAACUGACUACAGGUAUAGUAACGAGGACCAACUUAGAGAGUUUAAAAUUGCAUAUAGGAGAAAGUAUGAUGCAGAAUACCCAAUGGAAGAGAAUACGAACCCAAGCAUCUAUUCUUUCCGAGCGUAUGACGCGAUUUGGGCCCUUGUUGAGGCUUCACACAAGUUAAAAGGAAGAAAUAGUUUAGCAAAUCAGGUGUUGUCGAGUGAUUUCGAAGGUCUCAGUGGUAGAAUAAGCUUUGAAAAUGGCGUGCUUUCUGAAAAGCCUGUUUUCCAGGUUGUGAACGUGAUUGGUAAGAGCUAUAGUGAUGUGGCGGUGUGGUCAUCCGAGUACGGUUUUUUAGAGGAUGUUGUUGAAGUUGAUGGGAGAAAAAUGAAGUUUAGUGGGAGUGGGCUAACAGGGGAUUUGCAUCCUGUUUAUUGGCCCGGGGGAGAAGUAAAGGUUCCGACUGGAUGGAGCAUGGGCAGCAUAGAGAAACCUCUGAGAGUGGGAGUUCCGGCCAAGGGCGCGUUUGAGCAGUUUGUAAAGGUUACUACCGAUAACGUGACCAACCAGACGAGGAUUGGCGGAUUUUCAAUCCAUGUCUUUGAAGCUGUUGUUAGGCAGCUGCCAUAUGAUUUUCACUAUCAGUUUCUCCCGUUUCAUGGUUCGUAUGAUGAAAUGGUGGCUGCUGUUCGCGACAAGCGCUUAGACGCAGCCGUAGGUGAUACAGAGAUAAUGGCAGACCGGUAUGCGUAUGCUGGAUUUUCGCAUCCGUAUAUUGAAUCCGGGCUAGAGAUGGUCGUAACAGUAAAACCGGGCCUCCAAGAGUCUAGCAUCAUAGCUUUAAAACCCUUCACCGUCCACAUGUGGAUCCUACUUGCAUUAUUUUUCUUGUCAACAGGGAUUAUCAUCUCCUUUACUGAAUAUGCUACUAACAAUGACCAGUUUCAAAACAAAUCAUCUCUUGAAAUCAUUACUACCGUCCUAUGGCUUUCGGUCACUAUAAUCUCCUUCUCACAACAAGAGGACAUCAAAAAUAUCGGAUCUCGACUCGUAAUGGCAGCCUGGAAAUGCGUAAUUUUUGUUGUAGCAGCAAGCUUUACUGCCGUUUUAAGUACAAUGAUGACUGUUCCAAGGCUUCAACCGUCAAUUCGGGAGAUAGAUUAUCUUCUGGAAACGAACUCGGGGGUUGGAGUCAAUGCAAACUCAUUCAUCGACCGCUAUUUGAUCAAUGUCCUGAAUUUUAAGCCAGAAAAUGUCAAACCAAUCAAUUCCAUUAGCGACUACCCCAUAGCUUUCAAAAGUGGUCAGAUCAAGGCAGCAUUUUUUGUCGCCCCACACGCCAAAGUAUUUCUAGCAAAGUAUUGCAAGGGCUAUAUCAGAUCAGGCCCUAGUCACACACUAGGUGGCUUUGGCUUUGUCUUCCCAAAGGGGUCCCCUCUGGAAGCCGAUAUUUCGGAAGCAAUUCUGAAAGUGACACAGAGUGGAAAAGUGCAUAGAUUAGAGCAAGAGAUGCUUCAACUUUGCAAUUGUACUUCAUCAACGAGUGGACAAGAAGAGGACGACCUCACAUUAGGCGUCGGCCCAUUUUCUGAUAUGUUUUGGGUUUUAUUUGGCACCAUGCUGCUUGCUCUCUCCGUCGCCGUAUACCAUUUGAUGAUUACAAAAUGGGACAAGUUAAAAGAAACAUUUACAACUAACAGAGCUUACAUGUGGACAUCAAUGGUACUCACAGAAUGCCACAAUAGAUUUGGUUUUCAGUUCUUGGCACGAAGUGAUGAUGUUCGGACCAGUGCAGCUGAGUUGAACGUGGCGGAAGUAGUCGACCAUGGUAAUCAGCAGUAA